AUGGGUCGGAAGUGCGUCAGUUCGUGGUAUGAUACGUUUGCAAUUGCAAAAAAAAAGGGGGGGAUGAAGAGACCUCCCAGCACACUCAGACACUACAGAGAUUCAGAGCCAACCCAGAGAGAGACAGACAGCAGACAGACAGACAGACGCUAGGGCACGCUAGAGGACAUCAACCCAUAGGUAAGAGUUUCUGUGUGUGUGCGGUCAGGGAGGGAUUUUGGUGGUCUUGGUGACCCAGCCUAGCUCCAGACGAGGACGCGUGAGUUCAGACUGGAAACCUGACAGCGCAUCGUUUCAACCAUCGUACUUCAGUACGUAUACGACCACUCCGAGCUUUCCUGGCGCGAGCAGCGUGGUCUAACGGCAUGGGGCACAAGCACCACGCUUUUCCAAUGAUGGCUUGACGCUGCAAGUUCAAUCUCCGCUGGAGCUUGUACUUGACACGCGCUCGGUGGCGUUUUUUUUUUUUGUACCUGUGUGUCAUGAAACUACAUUUAGGUAGAUAACUUCCAGAGAACGUGGAACGGUCUGUAGAUACCGCUUGUACCUCCCACGCCUCCUCUCCCGCCUCCCCUCCUGCUAUCGGCUCGAGCUUUCCUCGUGCGUGGUGCGUGUCCACGUGUCUUUCUUUUUUUUUUGGGUCAAACGUCGCUUCUGUUGCACGUUUUCGCGAGAC